UGCGCUGCUCGCACACCGUUCGUUUGUGUUCUGAGACACUGACGCAGACAAAACCCUCUUUCCAUUUUCGUUGUGGAGUUGCCUCUUGCUGGAUCUUGAUCCAUCGCUGGGCUGCUGGGGGAUUUUUUCCGGGGGAUGACGACGUCGUUGGGAGCUGCGAAACCUGUUGUUCUGAAGGACCCCAAGGUUCAGAUUCCGAGCUUCCAUGGCUUGAGGACUGCAAACUCUCUUGCUCUCACUCGCACAGUCCAUGCUCCUUCCGUUCUCUCUUCCACUCGCUCCCUCAUCCGCGCUGUGUCCACGCCGACGAAGGUUGAAACUGCCACAGAGAAGCGCAGCAAGGUUGAAUUGUUGAAAGAGCAAAGUAAUUACAUACGGUAUCCUCUUAAUGAGGAAUUGCUGACCGAUGCUCCUAAUAUAAAUGAAGCUGCCACACAGUUGAUCAAGUUCCAUGGUAGCUAUCAACAGUAUAAUAGAGAUGAGCGUGGUACAAGAUCGUACUCGUUCAUGCUACGUACUAAAAACCCUUGUGGCAAAGUUCCAAACAGACUUUACUUGACCAUGGAUGAUCUUGCUGAUCAGUUUGGAAUUGGAACACUUCGAUUGACCACAAGACAAACAUUUCAACUUCAUGGCGUUCUCAAGAAGGACCUUAAAACGGUUAUGAGCACCAUUAUUAAGAAUAUGGGAUCAACACUUGGUGCAUGUGGUGACCUAAACAGAAAUGUUCUUGCUCCUGCUGCUCCACUUGUUAGGAAAGAUUACCUGUUUGCACAGCAGACAGCUGAAAACAUUGCUGCACUGUUGACCCCUCAGUCUGGUUUCUACUAUGAUAUGUGGGUAGAUGGGGAAAGGAUUAUGUCUGCAGAACCUCCUGAAGUUGUGCAGGCACGCAAUGAUAACUCUCAUGGGACAAAUUUCCCAGAGUCCCCUGAGCCUAUCUAUGGAACUCAAUUCUUGCCAAGGAAAUUCAAAAUUGCUGUUACAGUGCCAACCGAUAACUCAGUGGAUAUUCUUACAAAUGAUAUUGGCGUUGUUGUUGUGACUGAUGACAAAGGGGAGCCUCAGGGGUUCAACAUAUAUGUUGGUGGGGGGAUGGGAAGAACACAUAGGCUGGAAGCAACUUUUCCUCGUUUGGCUGAACCUCUAGGUUAUGUGCCUAAAGAGGAUAUUCUGUAUGCAGUGAAAGCAAUUGUUGUUACACAACGAGAAAAUGGAAGAAGAGAUGACCGUAAGUAUAGUAGAAUGAAAUAUUUGGUCAGCUCAUGGGGAAUUGAAAAGUUCAGAAGUGUAGUUGAGCAAUAUUAUGGCAAGAAAUUUGAACCUUUCCGUGAAUUGCCUGAUUGGGAGUUCAAAGGUUAUCUGGGUUGGCAUGAGCAGGGUGAUGGCAGUUUAUUUUGUGGACUUCACGUUGAUAAUGGUCGUAUUGCUGGCAAUAUGAAGAAGACAUUGCGGGAAGUUAUUGAGAAGUACAAUUUGAAUGUUAGGAUUACUCCAAACCAAAACAUCAUCUUGACUGAUAUUCUUGCUGCAUGGAAACGGCCCAUCACUUCAGUUCUUGCCCAAGCUGGUCUGCUGCAACCUAGAUAUGUAGAUCCCCUCAAUUUAACAGCCAUGGCUUGUCCUGCUUUACCCCUUUGUCCACUGGCAAUUACUGAAGCUGAACGUGGGAUACCCAACAUUCUCAAGCGGAUUCGUGCAGUUUUUGAGAAGGUUGGGCUGAAGUAUAGUGAGUCUGUUGUUGUGAGGGUAACUGGUUGUCCUAAUGGAUGUGCUAGACCAUACAUGGCUGAACUUGGACUGGUUGGUGAUGGCCCCAACAGCUAUCAGAUUUGGCUUGGAGGAAAGCCAAAUCAAACAGCUUUAGCUCAAACUUUCAUGGAUAAAGUAAAAGUUCAAGACCUUGAAAAGGUUCUGGAACCUUUAUUUUAUCAUUGGAAGCGCAAGAGGCAAUCCAAAGAAUCAUUUGGCGACUUUACAUGGCGCAUGGGAUUUGAAAAGCUCAAAGAAUUGGUAACCAAAUGGGAGGGUCUUCCGGUAGUACCAGCACGCUACAACCUCAAGCUUUUUGCGGACAAAGAGACAUAUGAAGCAAUGGAUGAAUUGGCCAAGCUUCAGAACAAGAACGCACAUCAGUUGGCCAUGGAAGUUGUUCGGAACUUUGUUGCAAGCCAGCAAAAUGGAAAAAGUGAAUGACUCCUUGGCCAAGGAACGCAUAUGCAGUGAAAGGUUGAUACAUGAAUGGCCAUAACCUACAAUUCUCUGAGCUGUUGCUGUCCUGUAACAGUUAAACUAGCCAGUCUCAUUUUGUAUCAAAAUUUUGGGUGCUUGUCUUCUCCUAUAUUUACAUGACAGCUUGGGUUUUUUUUUUUUUUUUCUUUUUGCCACUUAUCCGGUUAGGGAAGCGUUUUUCAGUUUUGGUUCUUGCUUCAAUAAGGCCAUGUGUUACAGGAUUUGUUUAUUGUAACAUGUUCACUACUAAUCAGUGCUGCAGAUAAGCUUUUGUCCACUGGUAGCUUUUGGUUUUUGCCUGAAAGAUGCCAUUUAUGUUGAUGGUUCUCCCAAAUUUAUGUUCAA